AUGAGCACCGGCUCAGGCUCCUGGACAAUCCCCAUGGCAGUGGAACAGCCUCUAUUCUGGAACGGGGUGUUUGGGAGCCAAAUGGGCAGGCCCCACGUAUGUGCUGAGCGGGAGCUGAUCCUGGUGGGCCGCCACCAACCCUGUGUGCAGGCCUUCAGCCGCACUGUGCCCGUGUGGACACCAGGCUGUGGGCCUCAGAGAUGGUGUGUCAGCCAUGUGAGGAGAACCUUCUACUACACGGCCUACAGGCAGGUAUAUGCCACGGAGGCCCGGACACUGCUCAGAUGCUGCCCUGGGUGGACCCAGCGGCCUGGUGACAAAGGCUGCCUCUCCUCUGUCUGUAGCUCCGGAGUCUGUUUCAACGGCGGCCACUGCCAGCCAGGCGCCACCCAGCCGUGCCUCUGUCCCCAAGGCUUCCAUGGUCCCCGUUGUCAGUACGAUGUGGACGAGUGCCAGGUUCACAAUGGUGGCUGCCAGCACAGGUGUGUGAACACCCCAGGCUCCUACCUCUGUGAGUGCAGGCCCGGUUUCCGGCUCCACACCGACGGCAGGACCUGCCUGGUCGUCAAUUCCUGCACCCUUGGCAAUGGUGGCUGCCAGCAAGACUGUGUCCAGCUCACGACGACGCGGCACCGCUGCCAAUGCCGACUUGAGUACCAACUUCAGGAAGAUGGCAAGCGCUGUGUCCGGAGAAGCCCAUGUGCUGACCGAAAUGGUGGCUGCAUGCACACGUGCCAGGCCCGCCGAGGCUUUGCCCACUGCCAGUGCCACGCUGGCUACCGGCUGGCCGAGGACCGCAAGGCCUGUGAAGACCUGGACGAGUGUGCUAGCGGGCAGGCCCAGUGUGCCCACGGCUGUCUCAACACCCGAGGCUCCUUCAAGUGCGUGUGCCAUGCAGGCUAUGAGUUGGGUGCCGAUGGUCGUCAGUGCUACCGAAUCGAGAUGGAGAUUGUCAACAGUUGUGAGAACGACAAUGGUGGCUGCUCCCAUGGCUGCAGCCACAGCAGUGGGGGCCCCCUGUGCACCUGCCCCAGCGGCUAUGAAUUGGACACAGACCAGAGGACAUGCAUCGACGUGGACGACUGUGUGGAGUCUCCGUGCUGCCAGCAAGUAUGCACCAACACGCCUGGCGGUUACCAGUGUAGUUGCUAUGCGGGCUACCGACUUAGCACAGACGGCUGCAGCUGUGAGGAUGUGGAUGAGUGUGCCUCUAGCCGUGGGGGGUGUGAGCACUACUGUGCCAACCUUGCUGGCUCAUUCCGGUGUUCCUGCUCGGCGGGCUUCCGGCUGCUGGAAGACCGCAGGGGUUGUACCCCGCUGGAGGAGCCGGUCGUGGACCUGGAUGGACAGCCGUCCAUCGUGCGCCCUUUGCCCCACAUUGCGGUGCUUCGGGAUCAGCUGACCCAGCUCUUUGAGGAUGAGGAGGACGGCUUGGCUGACGAGGAGGAGGUGGAGGCACGGGGCGAACAUACAUUGACGGAGAAGUUUAUCUGCCUGGACAACUCCUUUGGCCACGACUGCAGCCUGACCUGUGAAGACUGUAGCAAUGGGGGGACCUGCCUGCCGGGCCUGGAUGGCUGCGACUGCCCCGAGGGCUGGACUGGCCUCAUCUGCAACCAGACAUGUCCCCCAGACACCUUUGGGAAGAACUGCAGCUCCUCCUGCAGCUGUCAGAAUGGUGGGACCUGCGACCCCAUGACAGGGGCCUGUCGCUGCCCCCCAGGUGUUAGUGGAGUCCACUGUGAGGACGGCUGCCCCAAGGGCUUCUACGGCAAACAGUGUCGGAAGAAGUGCCACUGUGCCAACCGAGGCCGGUGUCACCGAGUCUACGGGGCCUGCCUCUGUGACCCGGGGCUCUAUGGCCGCUUCUGCCACCUGGCCUGCCCUCCGUGGGCCUUUGGACCUGGCUGCUCAGAAGAGUGUCGCUGUGAACAACGGAACACGCGGACAUGCGACCGGAAAGACGGCAGCUGUACCUGCAAGGCAGGCUUCUGGGGGGAUCGGUGUCAGCAUGAGUGCCAGUCAGGGUUCUUUGGGUCGGGGUGCCGGCAGGUAUGUACCUGCCCUCCAGGUGUGACCUGCAACCCUGAGAGUGGUGAGUGUCAGAAGCAGUGUCCCGCUGGCUACCAGGGCAAAGACUGUGACCAAGAGUGUCUAGGGGGGACGUUCGGGAAGAACUGCUCCAACCACUGUUCCUGUGGGGGAGCCCCCUGCGACCGGGUCACGGGGCAGUGUCUCUGCCCGCCGGGGAGGACCGGGGAUGACUGUGGGGCAGAGUGUCCCGAGGGCCACUGGGGACUCGGCUGCCAGGAGCUCUGCCCAGAGUGUGACCAUGGUGCUGGCUGUGACCCUGAGACUGGAGCCUGCUUGUGCCCACCCGGCUAUGUGGGCAGUCGAUGCCAGGAUGUGUGCCCAGCAGGCUGGUUUGGGUCUGGCUGCCAGGCCAGAUGUACCUGUGCCAACACAGGACACUGUCACCCAGCGAGUGGGCAGUGCAGCUGUGCCCCCGGGUGGAUGGGCCUGGACUGUCGCAGAGCCUGUGAUGGGGGCCACUGGGGACCCGACUGCAGGUACCCCUGCAACUGCAGUGCCGGCCAAGGGAGCUGUGAGGCCACCAGUGGUCACUGCCUGUGUGAGGCUGGGUUCACGGGCCCACACUGCGAGCACCGGUGUCCCCAGGGCCACUUUGGGCCGGGCUGUGGGCAACGGUGCCGGUGUGAGCACGGUGCGGCUUGUGACCAUGUCAGUGGGGCCUGCACUUGCGCGGCCGGCUGGAGGGGCACUUCCUGUGAGCGCGCUUGCCCAGCCGGCUUCUUUGGUGUGGACUGCCUUGGGGUCUGCGACUGCGCUGGUGGAGCCCCCUGCGACGCUGUGAGCGGAGCUUGUGUCUGCCCUGCCGGCCGGCGUGGCCUUCGCUGUGACCAGGCCUGUCCCGCCCACACCUAUGGGCUCAACUGCAGCCAGGCCUGUGCCUGUGCCCAUGGGGCGACUUGUGAUCCUGUGCUCGGGAGGUGCCGUUGUACCCCGGGCUGGACGGGGUCCUCCUGCCUGCAGGCCUGCCCCGAGGGCCUGUACGGUGAGAGCUGUCAGUAUCCCUGCACCUGCCAGAAUGGAGCUACCUGUGACCCCGUCACGGGCCACUGUACCUGUCCCGAGGGCUGGACCGGCUCAGCCUGUGAGCAGGAGUGUCUCCCUGGGAACUUUGGGGCCGGCUGUCAGCACCGCUGUGACUGCCUCAAUGGGGGGUUCUGUGAUCCCCGCACGGGUGCCUGCCUCUGCCCAGCCGGCUGGGGCGGUGACAGGUGCCAGAACCCCUGCCCUCCUGGCUGGUUUGGAGAAGCUUGUGGCCAGCACUGCCAAUGCCCUCCGGGCACUGCCUGCCACCAUGUCACCGGGGAGUGUGGCUGUCCCCCUGGCUUCACCGGGCCCAGCUGUGAGCAGGCCUGCCCACCCGGCACCUUUGGAAAAGACUGUGCCCAGAUUUGCCAGUGUCCCAGUGAGAACCAGUCGUGCCACCCUGUCACAGGGGCCUGCGUGUGCGCCUCGGGUUACUACGGCCACGGCUGCCAGCAACGCUGCCCGGCUGGACGGUUCGGGCCGGGCUGUUUGCAGCAAUGUACCUGUGUCAACGGUGGCUCCUGUGACGUGACCACUGGUGCCUGCCUGUGUCCGGCUGGGUUCCUGGGGGCUGACUGUGGCCUCACCUGCCCACAGGGCCAUUUUGGCCCCGGCUGUGUCCACGUGUGUGAGUGUGGGGAGGGAGCAGCCUGUGACCCUGUGACAGGUGCCUGCACCUGCCCCCCUGGGAGAACUGGCACCCAAUGUGAGCUCGGUUGCCCCAAGAACCAGUUUGGCAUGGGCUGUAGGAGCAUGUGCCCCUGUAGAAAUGGGGGGAUGUGCCAUGCCACCAAUGGCAGCUGUGUCUGCGGCUUGGGCUGGACAGGGCUGCACUGUGAGCAGGCCUGCCCAUCCGGACGCUACGGGGUUGCCUGUCGCCUAGAGUGCAUCUGCCAAAACGGUGCAGCUUGUGAGCCCACUACAGGGGCCUGCCACUGUGGCCCUGGCUUCUACGGCCCUGCCUGCGAGCACUCCUGUCCCCCCGGCUUCCAUGGGGCUGGCUGCCAGGGGACAUGCCAGUGUCAGAAUGAAGCCCCCUGCCACCCUGUCACCGGACAGUGCCUCUGCCCCGCCGGCUUCCAGGGCCAGUUCUGCCAGCAGGGCUGUGAGCCAGGUUCGUUCGGGGAGGGCUGCCAGCAGCAAUGUGCCUGUGCGGGAGGAGCAUCCUGUCACCCUGUUACUGGCUUGUGCCGCUGUCCGCCAGGACGCAUGGGGGCCACCUGUGACCUUGAGUGCAGAGGGGGGCGCUUUGGGCCCGGCUGUGCCCUGCACUGUGACUGCAAGGGCGGGGCCGACUGCGACCCGGUCAGUGGGCAGUGUUUUUGCUUGGAUGGCUACACGGGGCCCAAGUGUCGAGAAGGUGGGCCCCCUCAGCUCCUGGAGAACCUGUUACCAGCCCUGGACUCAGGUAAGGGCUCGAGGAAUGCCCAGGUCACUAGUGCCUGCUCCGAGGAUGGCCGCCCCUCCUGGGUCCAGAAAGUGGACAGGCCUCCAGCGUUACCAGGCACUCAGCAGACUGGUGCUGAGGAAGCCCCGCCUCUCUCUGCCUGGCUGACCAAAGGUCUGGAUGGAGGGCAGGUGUGCCGGCAGGUGUGGCACUGCCCUAACAGCAGGAUCAGCUGGUGCUAG